AGUUUUCAGUGGUUUCCAGUACUUGAUACUUGCCGUAGCAAUAAUUGUCUUUCGCUCACUGAACCAUAUUGACGGAAUAACACGGAGCGCUAUUUUACGUGGACUCUCAGUGCGAUCAAUUCCUUGUGGCAUCCCUCGAACUAUAUAUCUCACAGUGGCUGCUUCCUCUUUUUUUAAAUUUUUUUUUCCAUAAAGUUUGUUUUCUGUGGGAAAAAAAUCUUCACUUUUGCUGGAAUUUUUAACCACCACGUGUGAUUUAUUUUAUGUGCGAUUUUGUGGUUUGAUUUGAAAACUCUGAAAAGUUUAUGUUGGAUUUGACUUGGAAAGUUUUGCUUGUGAUCGAGUUUUUAAAAUCUAACUCAGUGUUGAUCGUUGUGGUUUGUGUAUCCUGCCAACUUACUCCUUGAAGCUUCAUUCGUCUAAGCUUGCUCAUUUAAGCUUGAUUUUAAAAGCUCAGUUCAUUCAAGCUUGCUCCUGUAAACUUGAUCAUCUAAGUUUGCUCCUGGAAACCUUCUUAAAGAAAAAUAAACUCCCAGAAAAAGGAUAAACAGUGCAAGGAAAAUUCUGUGAUUGAAGAAAGAAUUUGUGCAGAAAAUCCUCGGACUGUUGCAAAUGUUACCAAAAGUCAGAGGACCAAGUGAGACAAAGUGUUCAAUACAUAGUGAUUAGGAAUUGAAAGUUCCUUUAUCAAAAAUUUCUUGACUUUCAAACCAUCCUCGAAUUUUUUUUCUUCCUCCAAAACUCCCAUCUAAUUCCGUGCUAAGCAGCACUUUCUCAUCUGAAAAGAAAAUUCUCUUCUCACACCAUCCUUUCGUGCCAAGGCAACCAGCAUAAUCCAAAGUGACGAUUAAUGUGAUCGCGCGGUCAUCUUCAUGGUGGAGAAAAUGCGAAAAAAUAAAAAUAGAUAGUAAAGUGAAACUGUAGCAGAGCGUUUAAAGAAAAGUAAGUGACUCUUUACUCAUCAAUCUGGUUUUAUUUGUGCUGCGAACAGUCACAACAACUUGAGAAGAAAUAAAUACUGAAAAAAAGACGAUAUAAAUGUAGCAUCUCAUCUUGAUUUCAUUCGGUAUCAGUGAGUGUCUUCCUCUCUUGCAAAAGAAAUUGGAGGAAUAUAAAAAAAAAGUGAGCAGAGCAGUGAAAAACUAUCAUUUAAACGCACAAAAAAGUCAAACUGAAGAAAAAACUCUGUGAGAGGUGAGAAAAAGUGGAUCAGGAAACAUUUUUUUUGGUAAAAAAAGUGGCGAAAGAACACGAGCAGAAAAGGAAGAAGAAGGAGGAAAAUCUUUCUUAAUAAUGACCAACAUAUUUUUACGACUGAAAAAAGAAGUCAAAAACUCAAUGAAUCGAGCAAUUAGUAACUUAAAGAAGUGAAUGGUGAGGUCUUGGUAAUUAAAAGUUGUGUGGCAGCAAUCAAGAUUUGCAUUAAAAGUUGUGAUAAACGCGCCAAAAAAAGAAGUUAUACGAUCGAACUCGUGAAAUUCAUUAACAAUCCGCGUGUACCAUAUGGGCGUAAUUGCAUUGCAUACUGCUUGUGCAGAGAACCACCAUCAUCCCUGAAUUCCGUGCCUUCUUUGAAGACAAAUCACCAGGGCGCGACGGAUAUUGUGCGCAUCCACGUGUGAUCUGUGUAUGUGCGGACGAGGUGCUUUCUUCCUUUGGCAAAAAGGAACCUUCCAGCAGUUGCAAAAAAAUCCACUCUCUGUACGUUUGAUAUGUGACUCAACUGACCACCCUUGCAUUAGCCAAAAUCAUCCUCAAACUUGAAGCUUUUCUUGCAUCUUCUCAAAUGAGCAACACCGAUAGACAAGGAGGAUAAAUGUGGUGCAGUUAUAGAUGUCUGUGAAGCAUUUGAGUUGUGUGGCGCGAGAGGAAUCCAACACAACAGCCUUUGAAUGGUUAGUGAAGAUGCGAGAAAAAGAUCAUUCGCCCCGAAAAAUGCUCCCAAGUCCGAAGCAGGGGGCCGUUUAUCCCCUGCUCGGCAGCAAUUUAUCAUUUUCAUCGCAAAUUCCAUACGAUUUAUCUCUUGCAAGUCGUUCCUCAUCAUCAAAUCUAUUGCUACAGCAAAAUGAAUCGCAACAUGAUCAACCACUUGACCUACGGGUUGAUCACAAGAAGAUUGCAUUCCAUUGCGCCACUAAUCGGGUUGAAGAUGAAAAUAGCAAUGUCAUCAUUAUGGAUCAGCGAUCCAUGAGUCCCAUCACCAAUAACAACAACAACGACGACAAUUGCAAAACAACCAACAACAACACCACCACGUUCACCAGCAAAGAAGAGCUGCGAAUACCCAACUUACCCUGCCAUUCGCCAGCAUCGCUCUUUGCCUCCCCCACGACGCUGCAUCCCCUCAUGCUGGAGGCUAUGGCGAAGGCAGCACGUAUACCGCUGCACUAUCGCAGCCCCUUUGUCUCACCCCGCCCACCGGCGCCCUUUGACCUCCUUCGACCCAAACCCGAACUCCUGUCCACCCUACCGCAACUCAUGUCGCCCACGGCGCCACAAUCAAGUAACGGUGACACUCCCGUGCUGGGGAAUUCCCUCCCGCAUCCGGGGAAGAAUAAAGAUCGCUAUGCGUGCAAAUUCUGCGGCAAGGUUUUCCCGCGAUCUGCCAAUCUCACGCGCCACCUACGCACGCACACGGGUGAGCAACCCUACAAGUGCAAGUACUGUGAACGUUCCUUCAGCAUAUCCAGCAAUCUGCAGCGGCAUGUACGCAACAUCCACAACAAGGAGCGCCCCUUCAAGUGUGCCCUCUGCGAACGUUGCUUCGGGCAGCAGACAAAUCUCGAUCGGCACCUCAAGAAGCACGAAGCGGACGCCGUGUCGCUCGGUCUUGGGUUCGAUGAGCGCCUCCGCAAUGCCCGACGAACGACACGCGGGCUCACGGAUGAAUCCUACUUCGAGGAGAUUCGCUCCUUUAUGGGCAAAGUUACGCAGCUGCCGCUAUCGCUGCGAACGGCCACCCACCCACCUGAUGCCCACUCGUCACGUAGCUCCUCCUCGUCGGAGCCCGUGUCCCCCAAGUCGAUGCACGCGCACGAGGAGCCCACCACUGCUGAGCAGAACAACAACUCCACGAGCAGUAACAACAAUCACAUCAGUGACGAUCACGUGCAAGUUACCUGACCUUUUUUUCGCAAUCUCCGACGCGUCUCUCUCGCUAUCCUUGCCACCCCACCCCGCGCACUAAUUACCUGCAUUCUGAGCCUCAUCCAAUUGCCCCGCAUUCGUGUCCUUCGCGGCACACUCCACACUUGCGAUGUCCCCAAACGCAUCUUAUUGCCCCGUUCAUCACAUUGAGAAAAUAGCAUAUUUUCAAUGAAAAAGCUCACAGCAUUUUGUUAACCCUUCCGUGUGGGCAAAUUAUAUUUUCAAAAAUUAUUAUUUUUCCCAAAAAAAAGAAUCUUUAUGUUUUUAAUUGGCCACAUAAAAAAGAAAUUUAAAAAAAAUCUAAAAUUUUAAACUUUCAUACUUUCAUAAUGAAGAUUUACCUAUUCUUUUUUUUUCUCUUUAAAAGAAGUUAAAUUUUACAAAAUAAAAAAAAACAAAAUGAUUUAAUCUUUAUUGGCCAAAGAGAAACAAAUAAAGAGCCAGAAGUUUGAGUAAAAUUGGAAAAAUAAUUUUUUAAAAGAAUUUAAAGCUUUCAAAACUCUUUAAGUAAGAAAUAAAAAUAGCUUUACUGAGCAUCCUUAAUCCGCUUUUUUUAAGGAAAGAAAAUAAUUUCUAAUUUCAUUUUGUUUUUGAAUAUUAGAAUGACCUUUUUUUUCAACGUUAAAAAUUAAAAUUUUCUUUUUAAACAGAAUUAAUCGAAGGAAAAAUUUUAUGAAAAAAUUACCAAACGUCAUAAAUUCAUAGAUAUUCUUCUUUUCUUUUGAAAGAAAAUUUCAAAACGUUAGUUAAAAGAAAUUUUACAGUGAUAGAAAUUGUAAAAAUAAUAAAAUGAAUAGAAAAAAAUAAUAAAUAAAAAACAAAAACUAACAUAACAAAUUCCAGAAUUUUAUCUAACGUAACAUUUUUCAAAAGAAUCUUAAAAAAUUAUUUCCUUUUAAAAAAGUUUUCCUCAUCACUAUAAGUAUACAAAAUUUUCCAAUUUUUUAAAUACUUUUACAGAAAAAGAAAAUUUCUCUUUUAAACAACAAAAUGAGUGCUCAGAAUACAGCUUAUUCCCCUAAAUAGUAUUUCCCAACAUACAUACCUAAUUGAUGAACCUUUUCCCUUUCGAAUAGCUUAGUGCAAAUGAUAAAGUGAAAAUUAAUGAACGAACGUACAAUACUAGUGUUUAUCUGUAAUAAAUGAAAAUGUAUUAUGUUUAUUUUGUAAAGAAUUUGAUUUUAGUAAAGAAGAAACAUUCCUAUUUAGUUAUUUUAAAAUUUAGAUUCCAUGUAAAUUAAAACCCUUUUAGUGAUUUUUCUCUCAAUAAAAAAAAAUCUUUUUAAGAAAUAAAGAAUUUUCCGGAGAGAAUUCUUCACGAAAAAAAUUUGUUGUAUAGUGUAGAAAAGUUUUACCUGCUAUAGAUUUUUGUAAAGAACAAAAAAAUGUACUUUAGUGAUGCAAAAAAUUGUAAAUAGAUUUUUUGUAAGUACUGUGAAUAGACGUUGUAAGUAGUGUUGUAGGAAAAUGAGAAGGAAAUAUCGUUGAGAAAGUAGAAGAAAAUACUCUUUUUUUGGGAUUAUUUCAUACCAAAGUCAAUUUUUUAUUCGCUUUAGAUGGUGACAUUGGGCAAAUUUGCGUUUUUUCUCAUUACAAAAUCUUUGAUUUUCUGCUGAAAAAAAAAAUCAAAAUAGAUUCCUUGAAGAAAAAACAUUUAGUUACCGCAAUCUUCCCUCAUUAAACUUCACUGCCUUUUUUUCGUGUAAGAAAAACAAACAUUUAGUAGUUUUUUUUCUCAUUGUGUGUUUGUGAAUAUUUUAAGAAGACAAUCUGAAGGUCUGUUUUGUAUAUCACGCUUAUCACAGGCAAAUUUCGUCCCAGUUUUUGUGUGUUGCAUUUCUUGCAGAGUUUUGUGAAUUGAAUUUGCAUGCCAAAUGGCGCAGAGGCACGAAAUACCAUGAGAAAAUAGACAAAAUGCUCCCAAGAUUGCAAUUUUGAAUAGAAACUAAUGCACACACAUAUGUAGCUUCUGAUAUUGAGUCAGCUCUUCCGAAUGAAUUUGUAAAAUAGCAAUGUAAAAAAAAAUCUCUCUGCAUUUAUCACCUCUAGAAGCAUAGCCAAGAGUGCAAAGAAAACAACACAAUAGAACGCAAUCGGUUACAAUCUAAAGCACCCUGAAAUAAUCCACGAAAUUAUGCGAAAAUUUUCAAAAAAAAAAUACCCCAAUAGAAAAUUUUUCACAUGACCUGUAAAUUAGAUUUUUCAUGUAAUAUAAAAGAGAAUUUUUUGCGGUAAAAAAAUUAAUAUAUUUCUUAAUAGUCUAAAUAGCAUUUAAUACUUUUUUUGUAUAAAAUUACAAUAUAUUGUUACCAUUUUUUUUUACAUAGAAAAAGAGCACAAUUAUUUUUUGUUUGUAGAAAAAAAACAUGACAAAAAUUUCUACGUAAUAAAUUUUUUUAAACAUUA